UGCAGCUUUGUUCAUCUCCCCGUUGCUUUCCACGAGCUCCCGUGCCAACCUGUUUGGCCAGGUUGAUAAUUCUCUCCCUGCAGAGCUGAACAGGCAGAGCUUGCAGCUGGAAAUAACUCACUCCUCUCCCGGCUGGUCCUUGUGUUCCAGGAAAAUGGGGUUCCUCUGGGGGCUGCUCUGCCUGGCUGCUCUGCACAGCCUCCCAAGGCUGGCACAUGGCAUCGAGCAGCACCGUCUGUUCCUGGACAAGGAUGGGAAGCUGAGGGAUGUGAAAAGUGCUGGAAUUGCACAGUCAGAUAUGCUGGGAGCCAUCCCAGCCCUGCCAGAGGGAAAGAUGGUAGAAUUUAGUUAUGACAGCUUCCAGGAGAAGGAUGGAGCCAUGUCAGCAUUCCCCAGCACCCUGCCAGACUCGAGGCAUGCCUGGAACUCAGAAGAUGAAGCCGGGGCUGGGGGCUGUCGUGGGGAGAAAUCACCUGGGGAAAAUGCCUCUGCUGAAGAGGAGGGAGAUAAAAGCUGUGAGAUGACUUGGAAGACGAGCCAGAAGCUGGCAGAUGGCUUGAUGAGAUUCAGCAUUGAUCUCCUGAGAGAGGUGGAGCUGGAGUCCAACAGAAGCAACGUGAUCCUGUCCCCCCUGAGCAUCGCCCUCGCCCUGUCCCACCUGGCUCUGGGGGCAGCAAAUCAGACAGAGAAGCGUUUGCUGGAGGUGAUGCACCUGGAGUCAGUGCCCUGCCUCCACCAGAUGCUGGGCACCCUUGGCAGGAGGCUCUCGGAGUCCACCCUGAGCCUGGGGUCACGUCUGUACCUGCAGAAAGGGUUUGAGGUGAAAGAGAAGUUCCUGGAGGAUUCAGAGAAAUUCUAUGGAGCAAAGCCCAAGACCCUUUCUGGGAUCAAUCAGGACGACCUCGUGGCCAUAAACAACUGGGUAAAGGAUGUCACUCAUGGAAAAAUUCCCUCCUUCCUCCAGCAGCUCCCUCAGAACACAGUGAUGCUCCUGCUCAAUGCCAUCUAUUUCCACGGGUUUUGGAGGAAUAAGUUUAAUGCAAGCUUCACUGGGCCAGAUGUGUUCCACCUUGACAAUGAGUUUGUGGUCCCAGUUGAGAUGAUGAAAGCCCACCAGUACCCCCUGAGCUGGUUUACCCUGGAGUCCCAGGAUAUUCAGGUGGCCAAGUUUCCCUUCAAGAGCAAUGCGAGUUUUGUGGUCAUUGUACCAAACCACAACACCAGGGACACCUCUCACGUGCUGGAGAACUUCCCUUACAAACAACUGUGCAGGCUCUUCCCCAGAGAGGUGCCCACCAUGGUGAAGAUCCCCAAAAUGAAGUUGGACCUCAAGCUGGAACUCAACCAGGUUCUCAGCCAAAUGGGCCUCCAGGAGCUGUUCACGAGCCCAAAUCUCCAGAAGAUCACAGAGGAGCCUCUCUUUGUGUCCAGUGUCCAGCACCAGGCCACCCUGGAGCUCAGAGAAGAUGGGGUGGAGGCCUCUGCUGCCACCAGUGUGGUGCUGUCACGCUCGGUCUCUGCCUUCAGCCUCGACAGGCCCUUUGUCUUCAUCAUCUUUGAGGAUGAAACAGGGAUCCCACUUUUCAUUGGCAGUGUCCAGAACCCCAACCCAGAUGCUGCUCCCCAGAUCCGAGAGUCACAGGACUCGGGUGAAGCCACAGAUGCCAACAAGAACCGCGUGCCCAAAUAACAGAGGGCACAGCUGAGUGUUCUGGGACUCCUGCCUGACCCUCUGGACCAGCUGGGAGAGGCCACAGGGGGGCAAUUCCUUGCUGUUUUCCUUUCCAGAUCCCUAGAGACCAGUCCUGGGAUUUUUGAGUUUCUCCAGGCUGAGGCUCCCCUCUGUUGAACCUGAAAACCUUGUUCUGCCUGGAUUUCCCUUCCAGGGCUCUCAGUCAUGGAAGGGAGACUUUCUUGUCCCCAGACUGUUAUUAGAGUCUUCAUUAAGAUCUUAUUAGAGUCCCCUGUAGCCUGGAAUCAUCAUUAGCAUCUGGCAGCUUGGACAUCAGCCAGGGCUGUCUGAGUGUGGCUCUUCCUUCCGCAGUUCUGGAACACGAAUCCCUCCGUGUUCCUCUGAAACCAUCUGUGCCCACCUAGACAGCGACCUCCAGAGCAACUGGACCAGAAACCAGUUGUCUUCCCUAGGAUGAGUCACAACCUCUUCCAGGCAUGGGCUCUUUUCAAAGAUUCCCUUUUCCCACUCCUUGGCUGUUUGGAUCUGAUGUAGGAGGCUCUGCUGUAGGAAAAACCCUCCCUUUGGAUCCUUCUUUCCAGCCUUUCUUCUAGAGGCUGGGUAAUUUUCCCUCUCCAGCCCUUCUUCUAGAGGCUGGGUGAUGUUAGAUUUUUCAAGGCAUGUUUUAUAAAGUGUUUUUUAGUAAUUUUUUUUGUUGGCAGAAUAAUAAAGAAUAAAGCAGAA